AUGGAGUACCUGACCCACUGGCUCAAGUUCUUCGACCUGCUGCCUCUAGUGGGCCUGAACCCACACGGGGUCGACGUCUACCUCAGGACACUGAUGGCUAUUGACGCUGAGGUGGUGGACAGAGACAUCCUGCACUCCCCUGAGGAGGUUCGUAGGAACACAUUAAUAAAGGAUGGUAUGAGGGAGCAGGUCAUCCCCAGCCUGGUUGAGUCCUGGUACCAGAUCCUCGGGGCCUAUCAGCAGUCUCACCCUGAGAUCACCUGUCAAUGUCUGGAGGUAGUGGGGGCAUACGUCUCCUGGAUAGACCUCAACCUCAUCGCCAACGACAGGUUUGUGAACCUGCUGCUGAGUCAGAUGUCUGUGGAGGACCUGAGAGAGGAGGCGUGUGACUGUCUGUUUGAGAUUGUCAAUAAAGGAAUGGACCCGACAGACAAGACCAAGCUGGUCGAGUCCCUCUGUCAAGUCCUGCAGUCGGCUGGCUUCUUCAACGUGGACCAGGUAGGAGGAGUGAUGACCUUCCUGGCCAAGUUCUCCAGACUGGUGAACGGGAUGGGCCAGUCUCUGGUGCUGAGCUGGGACCAAACUGGCCAAGGGGCGAGCUGCUGGUCCACGACGACGACGAAGAUCUCAGCCAACAUCGCAGGCUUCUGCUACGACUACCUGCACGUACUGAAACAGGUGAGAUAUACCCUGCAGCUGGGAAUAUGA